CCUUCAAUCACCACACAAUCUCACCUAACAUAACCUUGGAGAACGAGAUUUCCUUGAGAGAGAGAUUCACCAAAAUGUCUGAUCACGGUCACCACGGCCCCGGCGGAGGCCCUGGCGGGCAUGGCCCCGGUGGAGGCCACGGUGGUGGUCCUGGCGGCGGAGGCCCUGGCGGCGGAGGCCCUGGCGGACAUGGCCCCGGCGGAGGUCCGGGCGGACACGGCCCCGGUGGAGGACCUGGAAGCCACGGUGGUGGUCCUGGCGGAGGAGGCCAUGGAGGUCCGGGUGGUGGACCCGGACAUGACCAUGGUGGAGGCCACGGAGGUCCAGGCGGCGGACACGGACAUGACCAUGGUGGCGGCCACGGCGGUCAUGGCCCUGGUGGAGGUCAUGGUGGAGGCCAUGGAGGUCCCGGUGGAGGACACGGACAUGACCAUGGUGGCGGCCAUGGCGGUCAUGGCCCUGGUGGAGGCCACGGUGGUCCUGGCGGCGGAGGCCAUGGUGGUCCAGGCGGCGGACACGAGCAUGACCAUGGUGGUGGCCAGGGUGGCAAGCCCGGAGGAGAUCACGGCGGCCAUGGAGGACCAGGCGGGCAUGGCCCUGGUGGCCAUGGUCCUGGAGGCGGCCACCCCCACGGCUGAUGCUAGUUUGCCACUGCUUGGCGAUUGUUGCGAAUUAGCGUCCCAUGGUUGAUAUGUGAUGUAAAGUAUCUCCGCUGCAUUUUAACUACCUUUGAUUUGGGUAAAAAAGGAGAAGAUGUAAUAAGCGCAAUGUGGAGUCGGUCACGUAGUUGAGCUUGGCACUAUCCUAAUGAAUUUCUAGUUUCCAAUUUGAUC